GGCAGCAGUGCAACAUAACAGACGCCAGCUGCCGUAAAACACCAAAGAAGAAGAAGAAGAAGAAGAAGAAGAAGAAGUAGACGAAGUAGAAGAACAAGUAGAACAAGAAGAAGAAGAAGCAACAUCAUCAACAACAACAUCAACAUCAACUGUUAACAGCUGCAGGAUGGACCUGUCCAGCAGGCUGGCGGUGUGGCAGCAGCUGGCGGAGAGCUGUGGAGUCAGCACAGUCCAGCAGGGCCUGCAGCAGGUGUGGAAGCUGCUGCUGCUCUGCCUCCUCUGUAGACUCUGCUUCAGGCUGGGAGGUGUGUCCACUUUGAAGCAUGUAGUGUCAGUCUUGGCUGGGAUGUACGGCCUCUUCCUGUUCUUUGAGCUGCACAUGCUGUGGGUGCUUUUGCUCAGUGCACUGUGUUACCUCGUUCUACUCCUCAGCCGACACUCCAGCAGCAGAGGGCUCUUCCUCUCGGUUGUCAUCCUCAUCUACCUCCUUGUUGGAGAGUUGCAUUUGAUUGACCUGGUGACCUGGCAUAAAAUAAGAGGCUCUCAGAUGGUGGUGGCCAUGAAGGCCAUCUCUCUGGCCUUCGACCUGGACAGAGGGACGGUUGGCAGUCUGCCCUCCCCAGCUGAGUUCCUGGGCUAUGUUCUGUUUGUGGGCACUGUGAUCUUCGGCCCUUGGAUCAGCUUCUCCAGUUAUAAGAACGCCAUUGAGGGCAAAAAAGUGAGCUGGCUGUGGCUGCGUAGUUCCUCCCUCUGCCUCCUGAAGAGUCAGAUCUGUCUGCUGGUCUCCACCUGCGUCGCCCCUUACCUCUUCCCUUUGUUAAUCCCCAUCCACGGAAACACAGUCACACAGAAGUGGCUGCAUGCUUAUGAGAAUGCGGUGUCCUUCCACUUCAGUAACUACUUUGUGGGUCACCUCAGUGAAGGCACCAGCAUGCUGGCUGGAGCUGGCUUCACUGAAGAAAAGGACAACAUCAGAUGGGAUAUGAGUGUGGUGAAGCCUCUCGGGGUGGAGAUGCCUCGCUCCAUGGUGCUGGUGGUGACGUCCUGGAACAUCCCCAUGUCUCGAUGGCUCAAAACCUAUGCCUUUAAAAAUGCCAUGAAACUGGGGACUUUUCCAGCCAUCCUGGUGACGUACACAGCCAGUGCUCUACUGCAUGGUCUGAGCUUUCACCUGGGAGCUGUUCUGCUCUCUUUGGGCUUCAUCACAUAUGUUGAACAUGUUCUGAGAAGGAAGCUUGCAUCCAUCUUCAGUGCCUGUAUCCUGUCCAGGCCCUGCACUUCUGACUGCAGCCAUCAGCACAAGAAGGAGUAUUGGGUGAUGUUGCUGAACCUGGUUUUCAGCUUGCUAACCAUCUUCCACCUCACCUACCUGGGCUCUAUGUUUGAUCCUGGAGUUGAUGAACAGGAAGUAGAAGAGGGUUACGCAGCCAUCCACACCAUCCAGAGGUGGUCCGAACUGAACUGGGCCAGCCACUGGGUCGUGUUCGCCUGCUGGGUCUUCUACCGUUUAAUUCAGUAACGUGAUUGGAGCAGUUGGAAGGCUGGCAGACACCAAACACUUCAUAAUGCCAUGGGUUUGAAGGUGGUGAUCAGGAUGGACGAGGAUCUGUGGGACUGCGUGUGUGCGGAGGGGGCUGUCACAGACGAGAGGGAUUACUAAACAAACCUCUCCAGGCCUGUUGAGAGUUGUGAAUAAUCUGAAGGACAGAUGGAUGGAUGCAGGGUGAAAACAUAGCACAUACCAAAGUAUUCUGUAUGAGCCUCGUACAUCCGGGGCUGUAGGUUUGUUUCGGGCAGUAUCGAAAGGAUCCAAUGAUUUGAUUCCAUUGACAAUAUGAAGACCAGACCCUGCAGAGGCAUUAAUCUACUGAAGCCUGUGGUCAGCUGUAUUUGGACAGAUCUACCCUGUAGAUUAGUUCUGUUGUAAAUGUUGCUGUUGGACAAGGUCAAUUCCCACAAACAGUUGAGCAGUUUAGCUCACUAUUACUCUAAUCAUUCAUAUGUUACAUUCUUUUUAUUACUGCUGCUAUUGUGUUUUUUGUACUGUUCUUCUUAAAUGUUAACAAGCUCUUGGUUUGUGAUUGACUGCAAACAUCAUAGUAACAGACUGACACCCUGAACUCUGGUUAUUAUUAUUAUUAUCAUUUCUGUCGUUCAUUAUAAUCACCUACCUCAAUAAAAAGAAACAUAUUAAAGUAUAUAAUCAUA